AGCAGGAAACUGUCGGUUAACGUUACGAGUGCACGUAGCAGCAUCUGGGACAUUUUCUCCCCUUUUUAUGUGUCUUUGCCUUUACUCCGUGCAGCAUGACCGUGGGACGGGCUGCUUCUCCAGUGGAAAGGGAAUUUGAUUAGCAGUAUGCUUAUAAGUGGAAUAAACACAUCCGACACGCAUCCAGCUGCUGCUGCUGCUGCUGCUGCUAGCUCGCGAGGUAGCUAUCUGCCGUAGUUUACCAGCCUGUGGGGAGCGAGCUAACCGUGGCUAGCCAGUCAGUCGCUCUCCGGCUAGCUACAGUUUUACCUCCAAGGCGUGAGACUUGAUAAUUACCUGUACCUGGCUACUAGGCCAGCUAGUUACCUGUGUUUGUGUAACGUCAAGGGACAAAAUGGAGCUGUUCCAAGCCAAAGACGACUACAUUCUCCAGAGCGGGGAUCGUGCUCUGUGGUGCAGCCGAAAAGACGGGACCAUGACAGUCAGACCUGCAACAGACCUGUUGUUAGCUUGGAAUCCAGUGUGUUUGGGCGUGGUAGAAGGUAUCAUUGGAAAGAUACAGCUUCACACAGACCUUCCUCUGGGCCUCGUAUUAAUACGCCAGAAAGCACUGGUGGGCAAUUUACCAGGCAACCACAAAGUCUACAAGAUCACCAAGAUAGCCGUCAUUCCCCUGUCUGACGAAGAGCCACAGGAGCUUGAGCUGGAGCUUUGCAAGAAGCAUCACUUUGGAAUCGACAGACCAGACAAACUGGCCCAGUCUCCUGAUGAAUCAAAGUUCUUGAUGAAGACCUUCAGCCAGAUCAAAUCUAAUGUUGCUGUGCCCAUCAAGAAAAAGUAUUCCCCUGCCUUCCAGGUCAAGGAAAAUAAAGAGAAAGAACGCCUGGAGAGGCGGCUGCUGGAUGAGCUGUACAAGGUAUUCAUGGACUCCGAUUCCUUCUACUACAGCAUGACCUACGACCUGACAAACAGUGUGCAGCGCAAGGGAGACUCGGAUAAGUCCAGCUUACCCCUAUGGAAACAGGUGGACGACCGUUUCUUCUGGAAUAAACACAUGAUCCAGGACCUUAUUGACCUUCAGGUGCCAGAGGUGGACUUCUGGGUGAUACCAAUCAUCCAGGGCUUUGUACAGGUGGAGGAACUGGUGGUGAACUACAACGAGACAUCCGACGAAGAGAGGAGCAGCCCUGAAACGCCACCACAGGAGGUCACCUGUGUUGAUGACAUCCAUCCCCGCUUCACUGUGGCCCUAAUCUCCAGACGCAGCCGCCACCGCGCAGGGAUGCGGUACAAACGCAGAGGAGUGGAUACCGAUGGCCAUGUGGCUAACUAUGUGGAGACGGAGCAGUUAAUCCACGUGCACAGCCACACUCUGUCCUUUGUGCAGACUCGUGGCUCCGUGCCUGUCUUCUGGAGCCAGGCGGGGUACCGCUACAAUCCCCGGCCACGCUUAGAGAAAGGAGAGAAGGAGACCAUGUCUUACUUUUCUGCUCACUUUGAAGAACAGCUUAAACUCUACAAGACGCAGGUCAUCAUUAACUUAGUGGAUCAAAGUGGACGGGAGAAGAUAAUUGGGGACGCAUAUCUGAAGCAAGUCCUGCUUUACAACAACCCAAACCUCACAUAUGUUUCAUUUGACUUCCAUGAGCACUGCCGAGGUAUGAAGUUUGAGAAUGUGCAAGUACUGACCGAUGCGAUCUCUGACCUCAUCACUGACAUGAAGUGGGCCUGGGUGGAUCAGGCUGGAGUCAUCUGCAAGCAGGAGGGUAUCUUUAGAGUCAACUGUAUGGACUGCCUCGACAGGACCAACGUGGUCCAGGCUGCUAUUGCUCGGGCGGUGAUGGAACAACAGCUGAAGAAACUGGGUGUGAUGCCUCCGGAGCAGCCUCUGCCUCUCAAAUGCUACAGGAUUUAUCAGAUCAUGUGGGCCAACAAUGGAGACACCAUCAGCAGACAGUAUGCAGGCACAGCAGCGCUCAAGGGAGAUUUCACCAGGACGGGGGAGAGGAAACUGGCUGGUGUGAUGAAGGAUGGCGUGAACUCAGCCAACCGCUACUAUCUGAACCGCUUCAGGGAUGCUUAUAGACAAGCAGUCAUUGACCUAAUGAUGGGCCUGCCAGUGACAGAGGACCUGUACUCCAUCUUUAGUAAGGAGAAGGAGCAUGAAGAGAAAGAGAAAGAGAGCCAGAGGGGAGCGCAGGAGCAGGUCAGCCUCCUGCUGCAGACCUACAUGCAGCUUUUGCUGCUUGAUGAUGAGAAGUUUCAUGGAGGUUGGGCCCUCAUCAAUUGUGACAUGAGCCUCAUUGAUGCAUCCAACAAAGACGUGGAUGUGCUGCUGCUUCUGUCUGACAAAGCCUAUUACAUUGCAUACUACGAUGAAGAAGCAGACAAAGUCGACCAAUACCAGCGCCUCAAUUUAGAGGGUUUGGAAAAGAUCGAAAUUGGUCCAGAGCCUACUCUGUUUGGGAAGCCAAAGUUCUGCUGUAUGCGUUUGCAUUACAGGAAUGAAGAGACGAGUGGAUACUUUCACACACUGAGAGCAGUAACACGAAAUCCUGAGGAUGAUGGAAAAGACACAUUGCAAUGCAUAGCUGAGAUGCUUCGCAUAAUGAAACAGGCCACGGGGCUGGACCUGCUUGUGGUUGAAAAGAAGCUGGAGAGGCGGCAGAGUAGGCCUCAUGAGGAUAUAAUGGGGAUCCAGAACAAACCUGCUGACCAUGUCCAGGGUAGCUCCGGUCUAGCUCAGGGCAAAAGUUUCCUCCUCAACAAGUUCUCCUCUCUUAAUCAGAAAGUUAAACAGACCAAGACGAACGUAAACAUUGGCCCCUUCAAGCCCCUCGGGAGGCUGGGCAACUUCUCUAAGCCUGAUGUAAAAGUCAAUUUCCUGAAGCCAACUAUGCAUGUCAACCUGUGGAAGUCAGACAGCAGCUUGGAAACAUCGGAUAGCAACCCUGGCACAGGAGCCCGAAAAGAUAUCGGUGACGGGCACUCUGAAAUCUCCGACGACUCUGACUCCUACAACUCUGACCCAGACCACCCGUGCUCUGGUUCUUUAGAAAACGUGGACUAUGUGCUGCCCAGCUGCGGCAUUGUAGCAUCAAACCCACGACUGGGCAGUCGCUCCCAGUCUAUUGGCAGUGUGGAGCUAAAUAUCCCCUCUGUUAUCCGAGUCACUGGCUGUGACGAGAAGCAGGAAAGCCCUUCUCGAGACAGUGAUGACAAGUCCCCAGGGGCCGCCUCGGUGGCUGAAGAAGCCAUUCUGAUUGACUUUGGUACCCCCAUCGAUGCCUACUGCCACCAGUUUGUCCAGGAUGCACAGACCAAACCUGUUGAGGUGUUUGGAGAGCAGCCGCCCCCGCUCAACCCUGUGGUGCCUGUGCAGAAUAAGACUCUAGCAGAGCCAGACAAGCGGCCGAGCUCUGAGCCGCAGCAUAAGCCGGAGGAGCCCCAGCUCCCCAGGCCGUCCCAGCUAGACGUCGACUCCACUACCUCCAGUUCCAACCUCCUCGCUGUCCAAAAGGUCAGCUCUGCGGCCUCAGGAGGCUCUCAGAGGAGCCUGUGUUCACAGAUGGAGGGCAGCCUCGGCCCCUCACCUGCCGACAGCAACGGCAGCCGAGUGGUGUCCCCCUUUGCCAAGAUCAAGAGCUCCAUGGUCCAGGUGGCCAGCCUCACCCAGGCGGGACUCACCCAGGGCAUCAACUUUGCUGUGGCGAAGGUACAGAAGAGCCCAGAGCCAGACACUGUCAACGAAGCCCAAGAGAGCGAGCUGAAGGCAAUGUUUACACAGUGCCAGACCAGGAUCAUUCAGAUCUAGUGCUUUCCUUGUAGCAGGAUUUUGUAGUCGUACGUCUUGUUGAAACUUCCUGUAUGGUAGCAGUAGCAAAAGCUUGCACAUAGCGUCACUACUCGGCCAAGAACUGCGCUCUUACAUCUGCCCUUUAGUUAAACUUGCCCGUGUUAAUUAUGACUCUUGUACAGAAUUUAGGAAUAUAUACGUAAGCCCAUCAUGACAGUGACCAUGUUUACAUGCACAUAAUUAUGGACUCUUAGGAGAGCACUGAUUGUCCAGUUAUUUGAGCUAACGGACGUUUAGCUCAUAAUCAUUUUUGCCAUGCAACCUCGCACGAUGUCAAGUGUUUAAUAAGCGAUUGUGUUAUCCCACGUCCAAUUUUAUACAGUGGAGCUUCUGAUUGAAAUGAGAGUGUACGUUCAAAUCCUAAAAUACUCCAGAAAAAGUGCUACUGUAUUAGUAGUUUUCUUAUCAUAUUAUUCAAGGAUAUUCUCAUUAUGACUACCUUAAGAGACCAAAAACAAGAUAGAAGAAGAUAUUUUUCUUUUUUAAGAUGUUUUAAACUGUGGUAUGCAGAGUAUUUUUGUGCAUGUAAACAAUGUCACUAUCCUCAGUCUGAAUGGUUAUUAUACCCACAGUGCUUGCAUGUGAGGUUAAUGGUAGCUGAUUUUGACACGGCAGGUAAACAUUACCUGUAUGUUAAAAGACCAAUCUGACUUUUAUCAUGUACUGUACGUCACCCUGUAUGUGCAGGUCACUUAUUGGCGUUUGUGAUAUAGACCGCGUAAUAACCUUCAAUUUGUAACAGUUGUAGAAUCCGACCAAAUAUCUUUUGUGAUUCCCAAAGGACAAUUCUGUGUUAACUAUUACCCUUUGUACAGCUUUCAGAAACUAGCCAGACAACAUACUGUACGUAGUUAUCCUAUGUAAUAUCAAUGUUGUCAAGUGUAACUUAGAAGAUAUACCGUUAUAGAAAUAAUGACUACACAAGAGUAGAAAGUAAGAGAUAGUAAGAGUAUCCUGGUUGUUGAUAUGUACAGUGAGUAUCGUAUGUUUCUCUGUUCCCUGAGUAGCGCCUUCCCUUAAGCUUUUUGUAUUGAUGGUAGGGUGGCAUCUCAAAGAGGUAUGAGCAUUAUAUUUUCAAAAGAACUCCCAGUACUGUCAUUGCUAAUCAUGAAUAACCAGAAAACUACUGGUUGGAGUUGUUUUUGAUAGGUAAAAUGUAAUGAAAUAACUAUUCUGCUAAUGGUUGUACUAAUGAACUAUGACGGUUUGUUUGAACCGAGUCCUCGGCCAGCGUUGUACAUUGACGUUGCAUGUUUGACAAAGACAGGAGGGUAGCAUAUAGUAGGUAUAUAUGCAAUUGCACCCAUCCAAUUAUUAGAACCACUGACGCUUUAUGCACUCCCCAAACUGAAAGCAUAUUUGCCUUAACAGGGAAUUGAAGUGGGAUUAUGUAUAUCAGGUAUUUAUGGCAAAAUCUACCUUUUUAAGUCCAUUCUUACAUGUUACAUUUGGUGUACUGUAUAAAAGAUCAUGUUCAGGGUUACUGUAUGUGAUCAGGCUUUAUCUUGGGAUAUUUCAUCCACUGGCACGUAACAUUCUCUGCGGAAAUGAGCAAGUUUUGGAGAUGUGUUGGGCGUUUGUAUGUACUGUACAGUAUGUGUGAGUUAGAGCAUCCCUACUACUGCUGCUGGUAUUUAGGAGUGCUCGUCUUAGAGCCCUAGUCAUAUUUAUGUGCUAUGAAGCCGUUAAUAUUGUUACAAUGUACGUGUUUUUCCGUUAACCUCAGGUGAGGUUUUGCCUCGUUAGUCACCCGUUGCACUUGUGGUUUCCAUUCAGUGAGCAUGUCCCAUAUGACCGUCCUCCAGAAGAAAUUCUAAUGUAUCAAGGCCACCUCAUUACACUGCUUUUGUAUAUAUGUGUCUAUUUAUGAUAAAUAAUAAUAAUCUGGUUUGCUUUGAGGUGAAAUAUCCCAAGAUAAACGGUCACCGGUUUCAUAUUUUGUGUUAUAUUUGCCUGUUUGCAUUCAGCUUGCUCACCAGCAGACGAGAAGUGCGAUACUUGUAUAUUUUAUCUGACUAUACUUGGGUUAAGUGAGAUUGUAGCCUUGGCUGCUGCAUUAUAUAGUUAUUGAACCUGCGGAUAGUGUGUGGUGCUGCCAAAAGCUUUAAGGUAAUAGCUGUAAUGCAAAGUUUUAAUGCAGAGGGGUUGAAAGGUGGUUUUUCUUUUAAUUUUUUUUUAACUUCCCGUGGGAUUGCAAACACUGGAGCGCUUGUCAAGCAUAGCAGAAACGUAUUCUGUCCCACACUUGCUGUGUUAAGCUAGAAGAACAGUUAUCCUCAACAUUCCCGAUAGAGACCACAAUGCUAUAGUGUUGGUGUCUGGUUUUUAUAUUCAAAAGCUGGAAUAGUUUAAUUUGAUUCUAAAUUUGCUUGGUGAGAUUUGUCUCUUUUUUUUUUUUUACACCAAGUGCUUUUGCAACCACCUCUUUGUUUGUUGUCUGUGGUUGUCCUCCACUUCUCUUAGGACCCCAGACCAUGACAAGUCAUCAUGCAACUAGGUCUUAAAGCAUUUGAUUUGCACUGUUUAACAUUUAGCACCAUUUUCAUCUCAAUGUCUGUGGUCAUCUUUCCUCUUUACCAACUGACUGUUGUCAUUGUUUUCCACAGUGUACUGAGAUUGUAUUGUAUAUUAAAGUAUCCUAUUUAUUCUUA